UUUCCACCGCAUCACUAAAACCUUUAUAUUUAAAUAUUCAUAGUUAAAUAUCAUGGUAUUUACACAGGAAUUAUAUAAUAAAUUACGACUAUAUAGCACAGGAAUUUGUGUUUACAAUUCAAACUGCACCCUGUUUUAUAAUGGUUCAUCCGGGAAGACCGUUACACCGGCCGAAUUCCAAAUGUCACCUCGCUCCCUACAUACGUGUCGCGUGAAACAGGUGCUACGUCACUACGUAGUGCCCUAAAUGACCAAUGAAGGAUGCUUUUGGGAUUGAGCCUGUGCGUGCGCGUGUGUUUAGGGAAGUGAAGCACAAAAUCAGCAGCAAUCAGGACACAGGAAAAAAAAAAACCAUAAUGACCACGUAGUUGUGAUUUUACAUACGCUGCCCGUGUUGCUAGGCAACAACUUUUAAAAAAUAUUUUACCCGGAAGUAAAUCUCAGCUGUAAUUCAAUCAUCGUCAACGCUCUUAAGCUCAUCUAGAAGAAGUUUGCAGUCAAGAAGUUUCUGAACGGAAUUAAACUGUUAUUAAUAAACAACGCGUUCAUUUCAUAAUCCCUCCUUCAUCCGUGGAGUGAAAUGUCGGAUUUUGUGGUUUGGAGUGUGAUCGGGUUCUUCUUGCUGGCUCUCCUCCUCGUCACCCUGGCGGUGUAUGUGGUGUAUUCCGGCCUGCUGACGGAGGUCCACAUCAGCACCGGCUCCUCUCCCGUGAGAAGCAUCACUGUCGCUUAUAAAUACAGAGAAGGGCCUUAUCAAGAGUCCGGGCUGCUGUUCGCUGAGAGCUGCAGGAUUGCACCAGAGCUGCCCACUGUAGGCGUCUACUAUGAUGAUCCAAAUAAGGUGCCUGGUCCGAAGUGUCGCAGUGCCGUGGGCAGUAUCCUGAGUGAGGGCGAUCAGAGACCCAGCACUGAACUCCAGGAGCGCUACGAGAAGUUUGGCUUCCGUAUCUUCACUUUCCCCGAAGUCACCCACGUGGUCUCGUCUUGUUUCCCCUACAGAACCCGACUCUCCAUCAUCCUGGGAGUGUACAGGGUUUACCCACAGCUCAACUUCUAUAUUAAGGACAGACAGCUGUGUGCUCACCCCUUCCUCGAGAUCUACAGGAGUCGGUUAAUCUACUACAUGAGUCCACUGGCCAGACAGGGAGAUUUCUAUGUGCCCGAGGUCCAGAAAGCCCCGAAAAGACAACAGGAAGGCGAGGAGUCUGAGGAGGAUAAGGGGACUGACAUCACAGGUGCAGACUCUCACAGCGAGUGCAGCUCGGUCAGCUGCCUGCUCCAGUCACACAGCAGAGACACAUCUCCAGCUCUGUCACACUCUCCGUCCGUUCUGUACCACCAGCGCAGGGACUCAGAUUCUGACUCAGGCAGCCGGAGGAGUAGAAGGAGCUCCAGUGCUUCAUCCUUCGAGGAGCUGCAGCUGGAGACUGAGAAAGGCGUAACAUCCGAUGGCCUGGAGGACGCUAAAAUCAGCUCUCAGCAUCGAGGCCUGGUGGCGGAAGGAGAGGAGUGAUAUUUGUAAAUGGAAAGCAAAUUUGGAAAAAGAAUAAGACACCUGUUUGUGUGUCUUGGCCUUUAAAUUGACAUGGAUGUUGUAACUGUAACGAGAGUUGUGUUAGCGGGUCUUAUACCACAGCACUGUUGUUUUCGAUUCUGACUGGUCAGAAGGUGUUGAGUCCUUUUCUUGAACAGUAGCUCUGACAGGUGCUCUAACACAGGGACACUCCACGUGAUCUAAAGCUAAUAAUAAAUGGAUAAAUAUAAGGUAGUGUUGUUUAAGAAAGACAAACAUAUAAUCAUUGAUAUGGUGAAGUUUUCUGUAAGGAGAUGUUUAACAUUAAUGGAAAGAGUCUUCAGUGUCAGUAAGUUUGGGGAAAAUCAUGGGGGAAAUCUUCAGGACAGAGGACUUUACAUUUUUCCUUUUUUCCAGUAACAAUGACACUUUACUUCAAGAGAGAGAAAUGUUGGACCUUCUACAACAUUAAAUGUAACUAUAAACGGUUAAAAAUUUGUGAAAUAUUGUUCAUUAAUAAAUUUUAAAUUGUAAUCAUUGUCAGUUUGCUGUGGUAUAAGAGGAAUAAAACAUGUGGGGAUGUGCUGUUAUAGUAAAAUAAUCAACUUCAGCAUGGUAUCGUACCAUCCUGUCUUGGAUUAUUUUCCUAAAACUGCACACACUGUCAUGUUUUACUCUUUAAAUCCUUGCCAAAGACAUAAGGAGGAUGCACUGAUCAAAAUCUCAGUACUGUUUCAGUCCUCUACUGGCCUAAAACACUGAAUUGGCGUAUUAGAUUGGACGUAAAUUCUUAUCCGAGCCACAAACCUUUCAGUUAGAAAUGGAUCAAUAUCAGUCUUCAUAAUCUAGUGAAAAGUAAGAAGUGGAAUCAGUCUAGUGCUAGUUUUAAAAUGUCUGGAUACAUGUUAAAGUGUUGUUUUUAAGGGGCCAUUUAUCAUUCAGGUAAAAUAUUGAGGACAUUUAUUGACUUCUUUGGUUCAGGAGUUUUACCUGUAAGACUUGAAAACUGCACAAAACAAAACUGUUUAAACCAGGUAACAUGGAUCUCUUGAACUUCAUUUCAUUGCAGCAUCUCCUCUCCUAUUUAUAAACAAAUCUUUAAAUAGUUCUUAUAUAAAGAAAGAUUUCUGUGUUGAGCUACUCAAAGUUACUGAUUUUGAUAUCUUAAUAACUGACAUUUAACCAAUCAUUUGAACAUUUAUAUGAACAACACUUAUGUUGUGAAACAUUCUGUCUCUGGCUGUUUCCAUUAUUUAGUGUUAAUGACAUAACAUUGUACGGCAUUAAAGAAUUACUACAGUUGUAUUAAUCUCUAUGUAAUGGAAGUCCUUAAAACGUAAGGUUUCUUCUGUAUUAUGGGCCUGACAUUUGGUUAUCAAAGCCUUAUAUUUUUAUAUGAAUUUAGUUGACCAUAGAUCAACAGUAAAUAGUACAAUGAAAGAAGAUUUCCCCUGAGUGUGGAUCAGAUUUGAAUCAUUCAUGCAGUAUUUCUCUGUACUUGACUUCUGAAUGAAAUCUGCAUUUUGUUGUUCAUCAAUAUUGUUGUGCUGGUGUUUUUAUAUGACUGUUAUUUGGAAUUAUUUUCUUUCCUGAUUUCUCCUGUUUCUCCAUUCUCUCACAUUUUAUUUGUGUCAAAUCAAAUUGGACAUUUAUCUGAUGUGUUUUUGGUCAUUAUGUGAUGACUUUGACUCUGAUUUUCUGGUCCCUUCAGGCUCUUGAUGAGUUUUGUGUGAUAUAAUGAAGUGUUUUAUAUAAUGUUCUAAUUGGUUAUCAAUGUUGAGAUCAUUCACCUGUUCAGAAUAUUAAAUACUGAGUGAAGAUGA